UCUCUCUCUCUCUCUCUCUCUCACACACACACACACACACAUAUACACACACAUGUAUAUGUGUGUGUAUCUUCCCAUGAAGAUCACACCACCCAGAACAGGCAAAAGGCACUGAAUGAUUGUCAGGCUGUUCUGCCAGACAAGGAUUUCUUUGUCAGCGCAGAAGGAGGUCUACAAGGGAUCAGCAGAGAUUAGAGGUGCACAGCCCAGCCUACCCCCACCCCUCUCCACGUUAUCAUUGGUUUUGAGUUAUUCCUUUGGCUGUCUCUCCUGCCCUGCAGCAUGAAAAUCUGCCUAAUAUUUUUGAGCGUGCUCUGGUGUGCUGGAGGAGAAAGUCCAGAAGCAGGUGGGAUCUGCUGGCUACAGCAGGGACGAGAGGCAAAGUGCACCAUGAUCCUCCAGACUGGAGUCACCUGGGAGGAGUGCUGUGCCAAUGGUAACACAGAUAUGGCGUGGUCUAACUCCUCACAUCCAGACAACAAAAUCAGUCUUCUCCGGAUCUUGGGCCUUGUGACCUGCCACCCUUGCAAAGAGUCUUGUGAAGGCGUGGACUGUGGAGCUGGAAAAGUCUGCAAAAUGAAAUAUGGGCGCCCUCACUGCGCAUGCGCCCCAGAUUGCUCCAACCUACCUAGGAAACUGCAAGUGUGUGGAUCAGAUGGCUUCACCUACCGUGAUGAGUGCGAACUUCAGACAGCCAAGUGCAGGGGGCACCCUGACCUGGAAGUGAUGUACCAAGGGCAAUGCAAAAAAUCUUGCUCCAGUGUUGUGUGCCCUGGAACUCACACUUGUGUUGUGGACCAGACGGGAAGUGCCCACUGCGUGAUGUGCAGAGCCAUCCCCUGCCCUGACCCCACCAGCCUAGACCAUGCUAUCUGUGGUAACAACAACAUCACCUAUCCCUCCACGUGCCACCUACGGCGUGCAACAUGCUUUCUUGGGCGGUCCAUUGGGGUCAGACAUUAUGGAAGCUGUGCAGCCUUGAACAAGUACUUGCUGGACACAGAUGAUGAAGAAGAGAACUACAUAUAAUCCUGCUUUCUAUUUCAUCCAGUUCCCGCCGUGCAGGGAGGGGCAUUAUAUGUAAUAUUGUACAGAACGCAUAUACCUGAUAUUUAUUGACCAAAAGAAAAUACUUAUUUAUGUAAA